AUGUCGGAACGGGGUCAUCAACGCGGUGGACGUGGUGGUGGUGGUAGAGGCGACCACAGAGGCGGACGCGGCGGCGGCGGUGGUGGAGGAGGAAGAGGCGCACAUGCAGCAGGAGGAGGAGGAGGAGAGCGUGAGAGGCCGAAGAAGGAGAAUAUUCUGGAUUUGGGGAAGUAUAUGGAUAAGAAGAUUACGGUGAAGUUUACGGGGGGGAGAGAAGUCACAGGAACACUCAAAGGCUACGACGCCCUAAUGAACCUAGUCCUCGACGACGUCGACGAAGUCCUACACGACGACGAAGGAAACACAAGUACGCGAUCCCUGGGUCUGGUCGUAGCAAGGGGAACACUGCUUGUGCUUGUCAGUCCUGUGGAUGGUAGUGAGGAGAUUCCGAAUCCGUUUGUGCAGGCUGAGGAAUGA